UUCUUUUUCAUUUUUAUUUUUUACAUUCAAGGGGCUGUCUUUCAAGCCGGGAAGGUAAAUAUUACCGACACUUCCCAAAACAACCAUGGUUGCCAAGCCGUUUCUUUCGAAACUCAAUUCCAGGGUUCGGGAGAUGUAAAGGUGUUCGCGACGCUCAGUCACGGAAACAAAUAUGUUAAAAUCCACGACCCAGCGUCUCUUUGGGUGAAGUCGGUGUCAACAACAGGUUUUGAAGCCUGCGUGCGCGAAGCAGGAAGUGGCUCUGGUGGAACGUCUGUGAUCAACUGGCUUGCAUUUCAAGGUUCGCAUCAAGGCAUACACUCAGGGAUCGUGGAAUUUAAUGAAUUCACGUCACGAACACAGUGCAAGAAGAUAUCGCUAAGCAUUCAGAAACAGGUAACUUCGCAACGUCAUCCAAUUAAUUCAUUUAGUCUUCCAUGUUAGUUUUAAAGUCAAUACUCACGAAAAACUCAUAACUCAGCUUUGACCUUAAGGGGAAAAAAUAACGAAAACGCGCGCGACUUCACAUCAGUAAAAUUAAAAAAAAAAAGGCCUUGUUUUGUAAAUUGUUUAAAUACUAUGCCUGCAAAAAUCACCAAAAAAUGUAAUGGUUAUAGUGCUCCAUGAUGAAAGUUGUUUGAUAUUUUCUUCAUGGCUCUGCAGGAACAUUUAAUGCAUGAAUAAAUGGACACAGUGAUUACUUCAACACAGAAUUGCGAAGUGGCCUAAAGCAGCAAUAUCAUCGCAGCAUAUCCCUUUAACAAGAAAAGGGCUUAGCACUAUAUAAAUCGUCCGUUUUUUUCCUAUGUUUUGUUUGCUGUUCAAGAAUCUCCUCCUAGGUUUGUCAUAACGUCAGUCCAUAACGUUAAGCACUGUUAAUCCGGUCCUCUUCGGGGCAAAGGACGAUAAUAAUAUUUAAGCUCAGUAUGUACAUGUACUUAUUGGGUGAUUUUUUCUCUUCUUUUAGAUAAAGCCUCAAGUGUUUGUAACCGUUCAACAUAAACAUUCUAACCGUCCUUUUGAUUCCAUGAACAUCUGGCUAGAAGCGGUCAAAGCAGACGGCUUCGUUGUUUGCUUGAGAGAGUUUAUGAGUUUCGACGGUAUCCAUACCGGACUUAAAGUGGUGAGUUUUAAAAAAUUAGCCCAGUCUUCGACUAUUACGUUUUUCUUCGUCCUUACUUGUUAUCAAUUAAAUUUAAAAUUAAAUCUGAUUGUAUGGAAGCUAAUUAAAAACCUGGUGGUUAGUUUGGCCUCCCCUUAUAAAUUACGUAAAAAUUAUAUUAGAAGAAUUAUUGUUAUACCUAACCCAUAAAUGUUUUAAAACCGUAAAACUCUAAAUUUGCUUUGCAAAGACAGCCUGACGAAAGGGGUGGAGGGGUGGACUGGAAGUGAAAAAGGGGGGAGGGGGGCGCUGAUCAGGAAGCGGGGUUCUGUCAAAGAACGGCUUUUCAGCCUUAAGAAAAUAUCGCCCCUGCUGCGCAUGUGCAGCAGGUGUUUUGAAAAGAAAGAAAGUUUUCUUUAAGUCGCGCAUAUAAACUAUCCUCGUCAUUUCCCUAAUCCAUUCUGAGAUGAAACUUUAGGGUUCACUUUAGGGUUUACUUCAGCCCGGUGCCGUUGGCUUUGAGGCCUCCUAACACUUUAAUGUUGAAUAAAAUUAAAACCGUUCAAGCUAGGACCAUCAAACUUGGCGACUCUUGCUGAAUAUCUCUAGAUUUACUUCUAAUGAAUUAUUAUAUCACACUUAAUUUACCAUUAUUUACGUAGCUGUUAAUAUGAUCUAGGCUUUUUAGUGACUAGCUUGGAAAAAUGAAUUGAAUUUAAAAUGGCCAACUAGCAGGAAUAAAUGGAAUUAAUUUAAAUAAUUCAAAAUGGCAGAUCCAAAAAGACAUAUGGUCUCAGCAACAAGUGACGUCAUCAUGUUGUCACUGCCAUUGUUAAAGAUUAUCAAAUUGUCAACCAUCGUCGUGAUUUUUAAGUAAUUUAAUUAUUUUUGCUUAAUGGCUACGGGAACAAUUGACAUCUUAGUUUCGAGGACAUCUUAGUGACGUCAAAUUACGUUACUGUGUCAAUCACAUUACACCUACUUGUUGGAAUGAUGAUUACACUAUUUUACGUAAAUUUAGUGGCUGUAUCAUGAGUGGUUAUAAUGUUCUCAAAGGGGCCUUCGAAGGUCCCUUUUCCCUCCAAUUCCAAGGAAGCCCAAAAACGCUCGGUCAGAAUAGUGUUAAAUAUAGGUCAUGGUAUUUUGCUUUUUUCUCAGACUCCAGAUACAAAUUUUUCUCAGGGUUCCCACCUUCAUCUUAAAUUUUCUUAAAAAACCAUAAGGAAAGACAUUCAAUGCUGUGACUGUUACUUGCGUCCACCUUUUCAGAACUGGCUUGCUUAUGAUUUGCUACCUGAGGCUUGGAAUUUUACUGAGAAGGGAAGCCUUCAUUUUUCUGGACUCGGUGCACCAAAGAAAGAGAACAAUUAUGCCUUUUGUCAGGUUGGAAAAUGUGACGUCUAUUAAUGAUGCAUUCAAUUUUUAUUGAAUUAACUUCCAAACUCAAGCCUUUAAACCAACGUGGUUAACAAUCAAUGUUUGUGUUGUGUAUUUGUCGUUUCUUCAAGGGACACUGUGACAUCGGCGUAUUGUGCAUUUUUGAAAUAAGAGUUGAAGUCCAACAAGAGAUACGACCUUCUUGAUCAUCAAUAAUUCGUUAAAACCCCAUGCGUUGUUCGCAAGAGUUGUGAUUUAGAUUUGUUGACCGCUACGUGGUAAGGAGGUGCAUCCACUAUUAGAUAUAUUUUAUAGACCUAGAGUUUGCCUAAUCACUUCCUUAAUGAGCUGGGACAAUAUCACUUUUUUCAAAAGGAUGAAAGCGACAAUAUUUCUUUAAACAGUCAGAGGGAAAAUUAUUGUGUUUGGUAAAUCCUGAUUUUUAGGAUUAUAAGUUUGAGAAUCCAUUCUACGAGCCGCCCAAUAUUCUGGCGUCUGCCAGCCAUGAAAAUGGCACCAGGGAACUAUCAAUGAAGGCAGAUGGUCGCUAUAGCAACGCUUUGACUGUCUGGAUUGAGGUGAGUAGCCUUGAAGAGACCUAAUAAGUUGAAACUGUUUCAAAUAUUUGCUGGUUAAAAUAGAUGCCUUCGCUAAAGAGUAAAGCAGUUAUAACUAAUAAAAGAAGAAGUUCGAAGUGGCACUUAACACUUGACGACAAAUUCAAGCAAUAGCUUGAAUCAACAAUCUUAUUGUCAUUUUCCGUACUCAUUUUCACGAUGAUGAUUCUUCUCUUAUAUUUGCUUAUUCUUUAAUUUCAAAGAUUUGUCUCUCAUACUGGUUCGUCCUACUAUCAAGGCAUUUGGACGUUGGGUCAAAGGUCAAAUUGAAGAAAUAAAUUGGAAUAAGAAUAAAGUCAGGCAAUUGUCACUGUAAAAAACUAUGAUCAAAUGUCCAAGAAAGAAGUUAUAAAAAAUGGCGUUUAAGUAUUAAGAACAACUUCGUAUUGAUCGUCUUAUUAUCUGGGUGAAUAAAUGCAGCUGUGUACCUCUUUUUCAAGCGUUUUUGUAGAAAAAGUAACUUCCCCUUUCCUAUCCUUUUUUGCCAUAAAUUUUCUCCACGGGAAAAACAAAGCACAAUUUAAAAGCAGUUGCGCUCUCAAAGGAUAUAGGACGUCAGGUCAAUUUGCUAUUCACACAAGUGCUGACUUUGUUGUUGUUUUUUUGCCCUAAAAGAUAUAGACCCGUGCACAAACGUUACUUGCGAUUACCAUGCCAUCUGCAAAGCUUUCUCUGCAUUUGAUGCCCGCUGUGUUUGUGAUGACAACUGCCCGUCGUACGAGGAGCCAGUGUGUUCAUCCAACUCGACAACAUUUAAGAACAAGUGCUUUUGUCUGCUGGACAUUUGCAGGCGCAAGAGUAACCACACUCUCUAUCAUCCCGGUAGCUGUACAGGUAAGAGAGCGGAUUAUAAGGUUUUUUUAAAACCACCUUAACCAGCGUAUGUAGAGCUCUAGUGUUAUGAGAUAUGGUACGGCUGAUUACUUAUAACAUCACUCAAUUUGGCGGCCAUCUUGGGCGCCAUCUUGGAAUUCCGUUUCAUGCACAUGGCAUUUUCCGUGCAUCUGUAGGUCCAAAAUUGAUCAUGAUUAAAUACUAUUUUGCUUAUUUUGGUACUGUUUUGAACGCAAUAAAGUGCCAAUUAUAUAGUGCCACUAUAUGAUUGUGUAAUUGUACAAUCAGCUUUUAAAUUACUUCCUCGCAUAUAGAAAGGAUUUUAUACCUUUUUUUUCUCAUCCUCAUCAGGUAUUUGUAGGAUGCAUCUUUUUUUUUGUUUGUUUGUUUGUUGUUUAUCGCUUUCAGCUCUAAUUAGCUUUGUUUUUCUUCUAUGUUGUAUCUUCUUUUUCUUGUUGUUCCUCGACAGGUUUUCCUGUUCAGACUGGGCGAGUUUCACUGAGGAGACAUGUACAGUGGGCAGAGACGGCCUGUGAAGUAGUGAAAUUUCCACCGUUUUCAUUCUAUCCGGACAAAGAAGUGCACGUACAAAUAACGACCAAUCACUGGAACAUAAGCGAGAAAAAUUUUGUACAUGAUGCUACUGUAUCCUGGGUGGAAAGUGUUAACUUCGAGAAUUUUGAGGUGAAUAUUUUAAAAGGAAGUUUUCAAUUCAAGUAUUACUUCAAGUAGUAAUUAGUGAACCUUUGUUCAUUUGUCUUACAUCUCCAAGAACUCUUUUUUACCUGUCAUAUUUCUGGCCAGUAAAAUACUAUUUAAACAUAUUUUUUCACAACGAGUUACUAGCGGAGAUUUCGCGUCUUGCGCGCGCAGAGGGACACUAUGGGUAAGAAAAUUUGGUUAUCUAUGUAUCCAAGAAAUUUUGGUUACUAACAAAAUCGUGCGUACGUACGUAGGACCGCGUCCUCAUGUUAACGGAUGUGAAAUGUCUUACUAGCUGUAAGUCCAAAACAUAUACAAAUUGUGUUUAACUCGAUUUUGGACAUCCAUGUUAUAAUCAAUUGACAGCUGUCAAAGUAGGGUAUCCGCAGACCAGUGUCACAUGACUUUAUCGCGGGCUCAGGUGUGCAACUUAUUGAGAUGACGGGUUUUCUUAAAGUUCUUUGCUGACCAGUAACAGAAUUCAAGAGAUCGCAGGCUUAGAAAACUUUAGUGCAGGAAGCAAGUUACCACGAGAGCUUCGCUUUUGGCCUUGGCUAAAUCUAUAUAUUAUCUUACCAUAUAAAAUAAACAUUAGCCAUUACAUUUUAUCUUUAGGUGUGCGUGACUGCAGCAGGAAGAAAUGAUCGCUUUAUCAAAGAAUUUGCCACGGUGGACUGGAUGGCCUACCAAGGUGCUCCUGAUGGAGGUGUGGCGGGUAAAAUGCGCAUUCCGGAAUGGUGGACUGGAUCACAGUGCUCAAAAGUCAGCCUUCCUCAGGCAAUAACACUUUAUUGUUACCUCUCAGCUGCAUCUUGUUUCGUUACAUAAACCAUAAAAAAUAAUGACCUUUAAUUAAGUUUUCAAUAAGGUGAACAUUUGCUAUGCUGAUGUCAUAAGUACUAAACACUCCAGUUGUUAUCCAAUCAAAGAUAUUGUACUUGGACUUGCAGACAUGAGCUGCAAAGAGGCAGCCCAGUUCUGUCCGCGAAAUUCUUUCUGACACAUAGGCCAUUUUUAAACCUUUUUCAAUUUUUACACUAUUUGUCAGAGGGGGGAGAUAUUCUUAAAAAAAGCAUUAGUUCAUACAAAAAAAUAUAGGAGAAAGAAACUUGUACGGUCUAGGGCUAAAUUUGACAGUCGCGUUCAGACACCUGACCACGAUCCAAUGUCCUAUGAGCGUGCCGAUCAUGUGAAAUGUUAUUUAUUCCAAAUUUUACAUUCUAUUCUCCCAAUCAGCUUUGCUGUGUAUACUUAAUGAUUACCAAUUCAACUUUCUUCCUGUUAUGAAUGGUUUUUUUUAACAGGGAAAAUUUGCGUCUACACCAGCGGUCCUGGUUACAGCAGAACAUAUAAGUGCAGACUUUAAGCAUGAUGCCGCAAGUUUGUGGGUGGAAAACGCAACCAGUUCCUCCUUUUACAUUUGUCUUCGAGAACUACAGAAUUAUGAUGGUCUACAUGAAGAUAUCUUUGUGGUAUAUGUUUUCUCCUUUACAAAUAUAUCUGUCUGGAGUUUGCUAAAUCGUGGCUAAAGAAAUUUCAAGUGCAUUUUAACAAUUUGAUAUCUAAGUCGAAUGGAAAGUAGUUACGAAAUACUAGCUGACAACUUUAUUGCUGGCAACAGACGGUGAAUUUCUCUCUCAGAAGAAACAGGAUUUUGGGAUAAAAUAAACAACAUCUGAAACGUCCAGAAAUUAUAACUUUUUAGUCAGCCAAACCAUGAGGCCCCUUAGGCAAGUGUCUGCCGAAAACAGAUUAAGAAGCCACAAUAUUUGAGCACAGAAUAGGCUUUCCAAGACAAAAUCACCUAAACUAAAUACUUGCGAAGCGUUUUUUGUUAUGCGUGGUACCGUAAUCUGGUAACACGAGCUCAACCACAUACCUGAGUUUUGUUUGUCAACGCUUUCGGUAAAUCACAUAAUAUUACUUUAGCGGCAAUCACAAAACUUCCAAAAACCACUCAUAAUUUUUCCACAUUUAACACGGGCGAAUCAAAGUCAAAUUACUCGGAAAAACUGUCGCAUUCUGCACAUAAAUCGUCGAUGGAGACUUCUUGACUCACACAGUCGAUUUAUUCAAGAUCCUGGAUGUAAACCAGCGGUUGAAAAGGAGACAUGGAGCCCCCGCCUUCCAAACAAUUUUUGACGAAGACGUCUUUGGCCUGGUCAGAGAUCAGCAUCAAUUUCCAUCUCGCCGAAUAAAUUGCACCCCUAGAACCUCUUUUGUGAGGCCAAAGACGUUUUGCUGCCAACAACAAAGUUCGCAAUAUCCAAUCUUUCCUUCUCAAACCCGGGAUCAGUCUUCAUCCGAGUAGCUAAAUGAGACGAAAUACGAGAAGACGUAGCAGACUUUGCCAAUCGUGAGACUUGUUCCUUCGUAAGGCUUAAUGAUGUCUUCCGGAAAGCUUUGCUUAAGGCAACCACAAAAAAAACUCUAAGAAUGCUCACUAAGAGAGCCGUGUUCAGUCUAAAACGCGGGCUGACUUCAAACUGGCAUACACAGAGAAUUAUAUAGGAAGUUAUGACAGGCGUUUUUUAAGAGGGGGGGAGGUUGUAGGUUAAUAGCCAUUGAGAAACACAUGACAGUCUAUCUAAUGCAGCGUAUUAUUCAGCCAACAAAUUCAACAAUAUGACGUUCUAAUGACGUCAAACGUCAUUGUGUCAAUCAAAUUGUGCCUAGACGUUGGAAAAUAUUUUAUUCUGUGUAAUUUUGGUGGCCGUAUCACGAGUAGUCUCCUUCGCAGCCGUUAUUAGGGUCGUCACGCAACGCUCCUCCCCACUAGUGGGGAGGAGCGUUGCGUGGCGACCCUAAUAACGGCUGCGAGGGAGACUAUAUCACGAGAGGUUUUAAAGUUAUAGAGGGGAGCCUCCAAAGCCAACCCACCCAGGUCGCAGGGAGCAAAAAAAAAAAACGGGUCAAUGAUAAAAUACGUGAGAUGAGUUCUCGCUAGCAUUGUGGAUACAAGUUACAAAUCGUCUUAGGGCACAUAGCUCAAUUAUUUUUACACGGGAUUUAGGUAUGAGAUAGCAAUCCAUUUUUUAUUGCUAUCACUCUUUUUAGAGUUGGAUGGCCUUUGAAACAAUCCACAGGCCCCUUUUCGCUGAGAGCAAACACGUGGAUUUUCCAAACAACAAUUCCGUUUCUACGAGCUACAAUGGUGCAUUUUGCAAGGUAAGACGCAACUUUACUUCUAAGUAGAAGAAAGCUCUUUAUCUGUUUAGAUGGAACAGUAGACUUGCUACAAGUCGACCUCUGGACGAAGUCGCGAGAGGUCGACCUUCAUCCCGCGCCAAAUUAAAUCCGACGAAGGACUUUUUUGAAAGUCUAAUGGGACAGCAGAGAAAAGCGGCUAUCAAAUAAGUACAUUUAGGAAUUUUAAAUCAUCUUUACGGCUGUAAAACUCCAGACUUUAUCCCAACUUAAUAAAUGGGAGUAAAAAUGAAGGAAGUUGACCAUGACUGAUAUCACAUCUAGUUGCCAAAUCAUGUCAUAUGAUCUUUCAAAAGAAAUGAGAUGAGGCCAAGAAAUGAACGUAUGUUUUGAAAGUUCAUCAAAGCCGUCGGAAAAAAAAAUCUUGAACAAAGAAAUGUUUUUCUUACUCAAAAAUUACCUGUUCCUUCGAGUCAGCGCAGAUAAAUUCCAGCCACCUAUAGUAUCACCAUUCAUUGAUCAAAAAUGGACGGUGAUUCAAAUGCUAUAUCAACAGCCUUAUUUUUAUGUCCUUAGGACGUUCCAUUUGCAAAGAAUUACGACAAAGAACCCAUAGUAUUAAUAGCAGCCGGUCACACCUCAGAGGGCAACAAUUUGAAGCCAAUAUACAUGUCCGUGAUCCCAUGGAUUGAGGUAUUCUCAAGUUAUUUAACUAAUAUACAACGCUCUUUCUUCAAAAUAAGUAAGAUCAAGCUGAAUGUGCAAUGUGAAUGUGCAAAUGAGCUAAAUUUAACCUUUCUCUGUUCAUGCAGCCUGUUUAUCAGUCAUAGUCGCGCAGCGAAAAGUACUAUCUAUUUGUCCAUCUGUUAUUCGAGGUCAGUUUUUUUUUUUGUUUAGAUAGGAAUUCAAAAUGACUCAGUUACAGGCGUUUAAGCGAACGUCUCUAAAAGUUGAGCUAUUACUGUUUGUUCUUGUAAGCGAAAUAUAUGAUGCUAGAUGAUAUGCUUAUUUUACAGCACAUCAAGACCAGCGAAUUCCGCAUUUGUCUUAAGGAGUUGUUCGCUGACCAGCAUGAUCCUGUGACUGUGUCCUAUACAGUACUGGCAGGUGUGUUAGUAAAUGAUAAAAACAAAUUUUCUUUGCGAAGACCUUCUCAUGCCCAGCAGGCUUUGGUAGAUGUCAAGUAAACUUAGAGGCUCCUUGUUUCAUAUCUCCUUUAAGUAAUCACCAGUAAAUGUAUUUUCUUAGUUCCUACGUAUUACAGGGAAAGGUUUCUAUUUCCAAAAACUUCUCGGUCAGCUAAGGCCUAAGCCAAACGUAGAAGUUUUCAUGGAACGAACCAAACUCUAAUUUGAGUCGACCUAACUUAAGUUAAUUAAGAUCGGCUGCUGGAUAACACGUCGAUCUUUAUAGGGCGCGUGGAACCAAUCAACUGAAUCAGAUCAGUAAUAAAAUUAUUUUCUCCCGAACGAUUUUAUAUAGAUUAACGAACAAUUUUUUUUAAAUUUAUUAGUUUAGUUCCUCACAUGUGAAGAUCGACGUUUGUCCUGGAGACGAUCUUCGGACGCUCUGUCCGUCGUAACGUGUUGGACGAACCAAACUCAUUCAGCGAACUUAACUGAGCCAAACGUCGCUAAGAAGGUUUCAUGAACUUAAAUCACUAAGUUUGGUUUGUCUCAUGAAAAGUGCGACGUUUGGCCCAGUCUUUGUUACGCACAAUUUACUUCACACAAAAUGUUUUGUAUACUGCAGAUGUUUGUAAGCCGGGCUGGUCAUAUUUUAAUGGUAUUUGCUACUCGACAAGCCAUUCGUGCAAAAAUUGGACCGAAGCUGAGAAAACCUGCCAAGCACAUAGCGGCAACCUCAUCACUGUGCGGAAUCAAGAAGAAAACGUCUAUAUUCAGCAUCGGCUGAAUGGUGCCAGGGGCUGGAUUGGGCUAAACGAUAGGGUAAUUGAGGGUACUUUCGACUGGGCAGAUAAUCAAACCAGUAACUUUUCAUACUGGGCGAAGAACCAACCAAACAACUUCAACAAUGAAGAUUGCGUUCACACUUUGGGAGUCAGUCAUAGUUUUAUGUGGAAUGAUGUAAGCUGUGGUACUUGCCAUAACUAUACCUGUUCAGAAGGUUUGUGGGUGACUUACCUCUUUUAUAUACCAACUUUUGUAUACGCUAUAUACAGUUAAAAUAGUGUGACGGGACGCGUGAGCGUAACCCGUUUACUGUAGUGACAACUUAGUGUAAAAAUUUAAAAAUAUACAUGUACAAUAAUAAAAAAAAACACUUUAAAUAAUGCUCCAAAAGAAAAUAAAACUAUUCAAGAUAUCUAGGAUCUAAAAUGAUAAUUAUAAAGUCUGAUCUUUAAAGUUCUCUUAAGUAAAUUACUUAUUCGGCUGUAAAAAAAUUUAUUGACGACUACUUCAUAUCCACAAAAGUCCAAAAGACGUUGAAGGAAGAGAGUUAAUAAUUUCGAAAGCGAUAAUCAUUGUUCAUGUUGCAACUUUAAGUUUAAAGUUUCUAAAGUUGUUUAGUGUUCCCGAGAGUACAGAAUUCUGCAUGUUAUAUAAAAAAACUCCCUUACUCUUUACUUUCGACCAACUGCUUCAGCUGGACUUCUAAGUCUGCGCACCACCCCCCAAGUACGUCCAUUAUGAUAUUAUAUUGUUUCACUUCAUAUCCUUGGUAAUUCUGCUUUAACUCCAGUCCCAACGGAGCGGUUCGUAUUGCGUGGUUUUCUCCUCCUCCUUUUUCUCCCGGCUUGUAACCCAUAAGCAGCUCAUCUCAAGCGUUAUAACUUGCUUUAACUCGUGUUUGAUAAUGCGAGCAUGAACUCUGUUGGCUUCAACUUCUUGGUGCUCCGCAAAUAGGGGGACAUCCCAGAACACUUGCGCAUCGUUCGCCUCGUACACUGGCUUCGGUUUCAGUGGCGGGUACUAAGGUGGCACCGAGUCUCUGACAAGACCUAGGUCUUGCAAAAUUUCGAAGAAAAGUAUCUUCAGGGCUGCAUUAUUAUGUCGAGUAAUGUACUUGUUCUGUGCAAGGGCAGUACAACAAGCCAGGACAUGAGCGACACUUUCGGGGGCCUUAUUACAUAGCCUGCAGGUUACCUCACCCAUCACAUCCGUGUGCUUUUUCUGGCAGUCAUACAACCUCGUAGGUAUUAUUAUUAUUAUUAUUAUUAUUAUUAUUAUUAUUAUUAUUAUUAUUAUUAUUAUUAUUAUUAUUAUUAUUACAAGAGACUAUAAAGGGGACAGAGAGGGCAUCCCCCAUAUACACGCUAUUCCAUAGGUAAUUCGUCUCGAGUUAUUUUUAGAAUCGGGAUAAAGUUACCUCGCGCGAGGCGUGGAUGUUUCGUGGAGGUUUCGCAUGACAAAACGCCGUGCAAAACAUGUCGGGCGAGAGGCAAUGAAAACGUAAAAAGAUCGAGAGCAUUCCUGAAUAUUGAAGCGAAAUGAGUCGGCGCUGACCUGGGAAAAAGGAAUCGCUGGACUCUUUGACAACCCGUGAAAUCAGUUUAACUCGAAGUUGUCGUAACCUCAGUGCUUUAAUAAAAUGAGAAAUUUCGCCGGUCUAUUGAAACCGGUCGUUUGUACAAUUUAGGGAGUUUAAGAUCCAACGACGCGGACGACAACUAGAACGUCAAAAAAACAAUAGGUUUAAUUAGCAAAACAACAACUUCGCACGUGCAACACAAUUUUUUGUUCAUUUCCUUCCCGUUUUUGCACGACUACGACGUGAAAAUGCCUAAUUUCGCUUUUUAUGGAGGUCAUAAAUAAGCAACGACGAAAUUUUAUUACUCUUUCUGAGCUUGAAUAUGGUCCCUUGAAAUUCAGCUUUAGGAGGGUUCGCCUACAAUUGACAAAGUAAGUGGGUAGGAAUAAUCGCUAUAAAGACUGAAAAAAAUAAACAUCAAACCAGAAAUUGCUCUCUUCAAACUGUAAAUUAUAAAUGAUCCUGAGAGAAUAUUCAGAGUGUUAAGGAUUUCGCUGCUCUACUGUUAGCUCUAUACAAGAGAGGAAGGGCGAUUCUUUUUUAAUUUCGGUUUCGCUGACACAGCUUUCGCAGAAAUCUCGAUGUAGUCGUUUUCGUCGACAAAAGGAAUAGCAAAAUCGCUCUCCGCGUCUUCCCCCAUUUUGUUCUGCGUCAUUUCGUGAAGGACGCGUGGCUCUCAGCGUGGGUCAUCCACGCGGAACACAUUCGCGCUAUGUGAUUGGCUGUUGUCUAAUCCCCCUUGAGAUCUGUGGUGUUAAAAAUAACUCGACACGAAUUACCUAUGGAAUAGGGUGUAUAUGGGGGAUGCCCUCUCUGUCCCCUUUAUAGUCUCUUGUUAUUAUUAUUACUAUAAACGUUUUCAAUGUUAUCAGGAGCCGAUAUUAUUAUAUACACUCUCCUAGAACCGGCGCCAAUCCAUGGUCCUGAGGUACCAGGGGAGUUUUUUAUUUGAUGGACACUGAUAAACCUUCUCAGUAUGUGCGCCGUUCCUAGCAGGAUGAUCUUUUGCAGCUCAUUAAUGUUACUGGCUCCAGGAAUCUCACCUAAAUUCUGGCCCAUUCCCUCUUUAAUAAGUCCCAGUGCACCAACAAUAACGGGCACAGUCUCUGUCCUCAUUCCCCACAUUCUCGUGGUUUCAAUCUCAAGAUCUUUGUAUUUUGAAAGCUUUUCAAUGACUUUCGUGGCGGUGUUUCGGUCGGAUGGUAGCGAUACAUCUAUAAGUUUGUAUCAUUAUUAUUGUUAUUGUUAUUAAUAUUACUAUUGUUAUUAUUCAUUAGUUCCUAUUCAAAAGCAAUUUCCGAUUUGCCCCAAGCCUGUUUCAAACAGAGAUUAUAAAACUACUUCCUCAUGAAAGGGUUUGCUCUUGACCUCAUUUUGAAAGUGUGGGUUUUUAGAAAUCGAAAAUGGUCUAUUUUAACGUUUCCAGGCGUCAAGAGUUAUUUUUAUUUAUUUCAUUUGUAUUUUCAGAGAAGAUCCUAAUUUACUUUCACCAAUUUACUCCUCAAUAACCAAUAGGCCAUUUGCACGAUGAUGUCAUUUACUACUACUUCCAGAACCCUUCAGGGUAUUGCUUUCUUAUGCAAAUUACGGCUUUUGUUAUGUAAACCUCACUGGGAUUAGCAAAUUUAAAUAUGAAAGAAAAAACGAAAUGAAUUCUGGUCCUAGUAGUGAAAAAUCGUCAUCGUGCAAGUGGCCCAUUUCUUUGGCUUCUUAGGUGACAAAAAGUUUGAGUUUACUGUAAGGGGAUGUUUACAUGAGAAAACUCGCACCGGCGCGAGUUUCAUACCAGGAUGACUUUUUGAUUUCGUAUCGCGUUUACAUGACGACUGGGCUUUUUCGUAUCUCGUUAGUUGAAGGUACACGUCAUGUUAAUAAAAUACACGUGUGAUUCAAAAUCGCAAACAUAACGCAUGCGCUACCCGUUUCAGUCUACCGGCAGAGCGAUUUCACACCGAAACGGGUGGUCGUUUCGCGCUUACAUGAUACCGUUGCCAGAUUUCGUACCGGAGCGAAAUUCUCGCCCCGGUACAAGAACCGGGGUGAGCUCACGCCGGGGUGACUCGCGCCGGCAUGUCAUUUUGUGGUGGUAUCAUGUAAACAAAUAUAGAGCCAUGAGAGGGAACCUGAGUGAACUCGCUCCGGGGCGAAAGUCGCCCCGGCUUCAUGUAAACACCCCCCAAAUCUGUUUGUUGCAGAAAUAGUAUAAAUUAAAGGAUUAGUCUACAAAGAAAAAUAGGCACUGCUUUUGUGAAAAAGAAAAUUAGACGUCACAAAAAGGAUCCAUAAGUGGGUGCUUUUAGCACUGCAUCACCCCUUCAUACACAACAGUUUUCGUGCUGAUUAAAUCAUAUGAGCAACGAUUUUAAUUUUUAUUCUUUUGUUAAAAAAGUUGAUUGACAAUCGAUCGUUUCAUUAUUUGUUUUGCAGGUUGAUUGACUGAACGAUUGUUUUAUAUUCGUUUUUAAAAUUAGAUUAUGAUGAAUGUGGAGGAAACAAUAACCAUUGUCAUCAGAACGCCAUCUGCACAAACAUCAUUGGCUCCUAUAGCUGCCGGUGCUCCGUAGGAUAUGCCGGUGAUGGCUUGCUUUGCAGAGGUAUUAUGUUCAAAGCCCCAAGUUUUAGUUUUUCGUUUAAUUCAUGAAGUAUAAUUAUCAAAGGAAACUCAUCCAAUGGUAAACAGACAUCUCUUGUGAGUUUAAGGCUAGCUACAACCCUGGUCAAAACGUCUUGGGACACUGGAGGAAAUUUGGCACAAAGACGCACUUUGCUAAAUUAACUCAUAUUCUACCUCUUAAAAAAGCUUGGGGAUGUUGUUAUAAGGGGCUAUUUCUGCUGUCCCCCUCUCCCCAAGCAGUGUUGAUUGUGUUGAAUUAAAACUUGAAUACAUAACGUCAACACUGCACCGAGGGGAAGGGUGGAGGAAGAUGCCUCAAUUUGACGAGCUAUUGCGUUAGUGUCCCAAGAGUUUUGACCGGGGUUGUGGAAUAAAGUAGAAUAAGCAUGCUUUCACCGUAAAUUGCGUGAAAAUGUAUUUUCCAAAGAACUCUUUAGAGGGUUUUUAAAUACUGAGCAGCGUAUAAUAGUAGUGAAAUAAGCGUUUAAAUAUAGGCGGAAUAAAUUAGGAAGGAAGUCUUCUCAGCAACUUUUUUUUUCCAAUUUCAGAGAUAAUAAAAUUUGCACAUUAUUUCCUAAUCUCUAUGAAUAACAGCAAUAAAGUUGAUUAACUAUCCUUAUUUUAUAGUUCAUAGGUAUACAGACCAUACUAUAACUUUAAAUGCAGCCCAAAAAGAGAACUAAAGUUCAUAGAAAAAGAACAUGUACGUACGGUUGUUGUAUUUCCCUGCAAUUUCAAAAUCUAAGCUCUUGUAGACUUAAUAGCUUAUCGCUCUGGUUUCAACGUUCUCGACAAACCCGAGUGGGGUCGCUUGUUCCGCAGGCUAAAGCUUUCGGGGAUUCAUUAUGUGAGGCUUUUUUUUUUUUGUAUACUGAUGGGGCCACCAUUCCAGAAGCUUCAAAAUCCGACGGUACUUUCUAAGGAGAAAUUUUUCUUGCUUCAGAUGUCGACGAAUGCUCUUCAGGUCACCAGUGUGACAGCAGUGCGACAUGUUACAAUACAGAUGGCUCCUACACGUGCACAUGUAACAGCGGCUUCACGGGGGAUGGACGAACCUGUCGAGGUACGAGCCUUUGAAUAAGUACUGAAUACUGUAAACGACAGUUCUCUAAAGCUUUUCGAUAAAUUAGGUUGACAUCAUACGUAUAAGGAAACUUCUCAUACACAAAGUGGGUCAAGAUCUUCGUUUAAUUAUUUCACGUCCUUUUUGAAACAUGUCCGUUCUUCACAUGCUCAUAGUAUUAGAUCCGCCGCCAAUAACAACGUUCUGCCACCUCUCUGUUAAAGAAAAUCAGGACUUAGCGUAGGAAGUUCGCAACUGUUUGUCGUUUAUAGAAUAAGUUAGGUCACUCAUGUAUAGAGACGUAAGUUUCCGACGCAAUGUUCAGAAAAACACUACAGGAUAAGUUUACCAAUUAAGACAACACCUCAUUAGCACAUUUUAAGGUUUUCAGAUCCUUUCAGACAUUUAUGGAAGUUGUAGAAUUUUUCAUUUUUAUGUUAAAUUUUUUCAUAACUAAUACCUGUUGUGUGGAGGUCCAUUAUAAAAAGUACCCGGUAAACGGUUAUGUUUCCACCCUCGUUGUUCUUGUUGUUGUUCUCGUUCUUGUUCUUCCUCUUCUUCUACUGAUGUCGUUUAAGAAGAAACAAAAAGCAAACUGCGGUGAUAAACAUAAGGAAAUAUAAAAGGGAGAAAAAAGACUUUAACUUGACUUUUCGUAUGUUCAAAACAUACAUUUCAUACAUUUUCAGCAGCGGCCCGUCCCCCUCCUUAUUUUUAGGCUGAACUGAAGCCCCUAGCGUCAGCCGAGCCCUCUACUUACUUGCAGAUCUGAAUUUGCCACUGUUUACAGGCACAGAAUUGAAAUGCAUCUGUUCUCAAUGGUCUACUAGUGUUCUUGUUAGGACUUGAAAAGUCAGUCACUUCUAUGAAUAUGACAUUCGUUGACAAAAAAGAAGAUCCAGUUUGAAAUAAAUAAAAGUCUUCUUGUCUUCCAGAUGUUGAUGAAUGCUCGCUCAACACCCAUGACUGUCACUCCCAUGCAAUCUGCACUAACACAGAAGGGUCAUUUACUUGCAAGUGUGACGUGAAUGCACAUUACAUUGGUGACGGGAAAACAUGUACUCCUCAUCGUAAGCCGAAUUAUAUGUUUUACUUCAUUUUAAUUCUCUUCGUUUUACCACUCUGCCAAUUGUUAACUUGUACUUUGUGGGAAAAGGUAUCCACCAACAUUUAUGUCGCCAAAGAGCGACCCCUCACCUGCCUGUCGAUUAUCUUGAUUAUGCUCUUGUCCAAGAAUAUACUCUUAAUGAAAUUUCAAAUGCACCGCAAGCGAGAUUUUCGUGCUUAUUUUUUUGGUUACUUCUGACUUUCGUGGGUACUUUAAUUUUGAGUGUAUUUUAGGCUAACCUCGCCUAUAUUUUUAGUAAGUCAAUAGUUUUUGGUUUGGUUUGUUUUGGUUUGUUUUGUUUUUUUUAGGUAUAGCAAAUACUGGAGUCGUUGUCAGUUUUCGAAAUACAGCAUCUUUUAACAGGAUGAAUUUCUGAUUUACUUUCUUUUUACUAGGUGGUCUCGAUGACUCCGUUAUUUUAGCGAAUGAUGCCAGCAAGAUAUCGCAGUUAAAUACCUGGCUUCUUCCGCACUUGCAAAGUUCAGAAAGAAGUUAUUGGAAACUGUGUUAUAGGGCCUCUAAUCAUGGCUGGAGUUCACAGACCUUUCACAGCUACUGCGAUAACAAAGGACCCACUGUAACAAUUGUUAGGGUCGGGAUCUAUAUUUUUGGAGGCUACAACGACAAUUCAUGGCAGUGUAAGUCUUUGAAAUAGCUAAGAUACGAAGAAGGUAUCGACUAUUUGAACUGAAUUAAAACCGGGGGUCAUUAAUCCCAAAUGUGAAAGGAAGGAGAGACUGGGCCUUUACAAUUUUCGCAAAUAGUUCAAAACAAGUCUAGUCUUAACUAGAUUGUCAUUAAUCACUGCUCGCAAUACUGCUAAUUGGAGAGGAUUUUGUGGUAAGAGUUUAAUCAAAUACUCGCAAUCUGACAAUAUAAUCCAAAGUCACAACAUUGCUGAAGCAUGAACUGCAGACAAGCAGUAGUUUUGAUUGGCACAAUCUGGCACAUUUUCCAUACAUUAUCGGUGAUGACAACUGUUUUAGCCACUGGCUCCUCCUUGUACAACGGCUUGGCCGUGCGUUUUCUUGUACGAUCGGGGAUUAGACGUAUCCAGAUCUAGAAAAAUAAAUAUUUGUUCGGCUUAAAACGCUUCGAACAUGCCACCAAAAAAACUGUGCUGAGUCCUCGGGCUGCUUUAUUUAUAAGUUAUUUAUUUAUUUAUUUUUUAACAAGCGCGUUUGAGGUGGGGAAUGGGGCUUAGUGGAGAAGGUCGGGCUUAAUACUGCUGUACUGCAGCUGGUUCUACCAGGUCUUUUUCUUGAAAUCUGAGAGGGGUGGACCGCCGUUUCUUUUAAAUUUCUAAUGGAAAAGCCCUGGGGACGAAGUUGGUGGCAACUUGUGAUGCUCCAAUUCAUGAGGAUUUGAGCGUGAUUUAUGUGGUAUUUCACUCAUUGUAUACUACCUCCCUGCUCUCAGUAUUUACUAACCCACCCCCGUUUCCUAAAAAUACACCAUUUAUAGCUGUGGGCUUAGUAUCCUAGACUUUGAGCGAGUGCAAGAUUGAGGUUGACCAUGAUAAAUAGAUAGAUAGAUAGGUAGUUCCGAGCGUAGCGACUUUAUAAUCUUGUCGCGCGCGAAGAGCGCGCGCAGUCUCCUAACUGCGCGUGGUCUUAGCCAGCUGCGAAAUUCGAGGCUUCAUAAAUAAAUAAAUAAAUCUUUCUUUUUCUGAAUAUAUGCUUGGGGUGUGUUCCUUUCGGCGAAUCCAAAAACGGAUUUUUGAUCCUAGAUUUGCCAGAUUUCGCGGUCGAAAGGAACGUGAAAUCCGAAAUUGGAUUUGUAACCUUGGUAACCUUUCGCCAACGCGUGCAAUAUGCACGACAGCCUCUCAAAAAAUGACUUGUUUUCUAUUCUUUGACAAAUUAUGCGAUUAUGCCGUGCGAAUUUAGUGGUCGGCAGUUCGAAUAGCGACGAUGGAACAUAUAAAACAGACAAAGAAAGAAGCGCAUUAAAAUUGAAAAUUAUCUAAAGAAUGUCGGCCAGUUUGAUCCAGUUCCACGGCUCGGAUUUUUUUAUGUAACACGAUCGAGUGCUUGUCGCGUCUACAAGCGAGUUUGUAGUUGGAUAGCAGUUCAUUUGUUACCUUUACUUAUUUCUGAUUUCAAGCAAUCUUUAGAGACAAAUGGUUAGUAUAUGGAUAUUUUAAUGUACAAGGAACAAUCUUCUAGUGUUUUCAGAUGUUUUGCGGCAAAUGACAGCAACGAGGAGACUCUACGGCCUCUAUGGGAAUACUUCAGCUGGAAAUACCGCUGGAUCAUCUGACUAAUUUCGGAUCCACUGUGAAUGGAGCAGCGUAGAUCACUAAUCCGUUAAUCUGGAUUUGGAUUCUUCGGAUUUCAAAUCCAAUGAAUCCUUUUUCAAAAAGGAUUCACCAGAUCAAAAAUCCGGAUUUGGAUUUGCCGAAAGGAACGCGAAAUCCGUUCUUAGAUCCAAAAUCCGUUUUUGGAUUCACCGAAAGGAACACACCCUUGGUAUCCGCCAAUGACGUCAUGGAGGAUUUUGCGUUUCCAGGCAACAUAGACUUCGCCGCCGAUGACCAAGGGGCAUUUUGAUGUGUUUAUUCAUCUUCUGUGAUCAAAGUUUACCAUCGGUGAAUCACGAACAAUUUCCCAUGCAAAUGCACACAAGCACAACAAGUGACUCCAAAUCCUCGCCCAGGAAGAUUUUCCACCGAAACUCUUCUGGAGCGAGAACGCCGACUUCCAAUUCAGCGUGAACAACGAAGGAGAAGACGUCAAGAAGAAACCGUGGAGCAGAAGGAACAUCGCUUAGCACAUCAAAGGCAACGCCGACAACAAGAGACAGAGGAACAGGAGAUUGGAAUCAGAGGCAUUAUGAUCAUUCACUGUCGAAAACCCAUCCCCGCCGAUAUAUGUAGACAGGAGCCCAUCAAUGUAGAUCAAAGUCUGCAAAGUUUCAGCUCUGUAUUACGACCCGAACUAUAAUAAUUUUCCGGCGAACUGCGCCGGGCCAGAUUUGUUCUUUGUUUUUGUCUUUUUCUAAAUCCGGGCGCCGAAAUAAUGCUAAAUCUGCUUUUCAAUACGCUGUUAACAAUAACACCACAUAAUACGCGAAAAAGAAGAAGAAGAAAAGAAAGAACAACGUAUGGACCUUUAAGACGAUAUUCGCGGUUGGUCACCCAUACAGUUCUUAUCCCCGACCGGCAGGGCUUAACUUGAGUGCCGUUACCAAACCGAGUUUCUCGAGGCUUAUUGCGAGAUACGUAUUUCUAGUUUAAUUACUGGGCUGCCCGGCAAGCCCAGUCAUAAAAUGGGUUUUCGGUCGUCGGUGUCAAAAAACGGUCAUCCGGGGGAGGGAAACCACGAGGGUCUGGUACGUAGAAACGAUGUUCUCACAAAUGGUUUCAUAGGAUUUUCUCUUGCAUGAACCCUUGCACAGAUACUUUUUGUACUUCGUCUGCGCUCCCCCUGAAAAACCCACAAAGCGUUGCGAACCUAAAGAAGGCUAAUGGCGUUGUUCGAAGCGAUUCGAUCAUGGGAGUCACUCUAUAAUUUUAUUAUUGUUCGAGUUUAAGUCAGUUAGAUGAUGUUGGCGCUGGGAAACUCAGAGAAAUGCUCGCGUUGCAUUCAAACCGACACGCCGUUCACGGUAGGUUCACACUAAAAGAUGACUGUGAGCGUCAUGUUUGGAACGCCGUGGCCGCUUCGUGAACUCAAAGAGAGAAUUAUCGAUCGAUGUAGUACAUAAGCAAUUAAGAAGCACAAUUUGUGAGCAAGGUAUUUCACCAGUUGACGACACUAUGGCUGAAGACUUGAUUGUAAGCCUUCGUAGUCAGUGAAGCGAACAACUCAGUUGCCGAUGAAUGGUACUACGCACGUCCAUGAGCGAGGGACGUGACAACUUUGCCAUGUUAGAAGACUGGCUUUUCCUUUAAAUAUUUCCUUCUAUUUAAUGCAACACACGUCACUUUGGAGGUCUAAAUUUCGGAUACUGAGGAUAAAGAAGACACGGACAAAAAUAGGGACUCUGAGAAUUUCGCACACGAGUUUUUAAAAAGCUUCACCGGGACAUCCCAUCCGGGAGCUUCACAGAGAGCGACUUGAGGAAAAUAGGAGCUAUUACUGACAAGGUUUGGUGCAUGAGUAGAGCAUACAAGUGUAGCCCACGUCGAGGUUUCAGGGUGUUUGCUUUUGUUUGUAUUUGUAUCUUGCUAAGCUUUUAUCAUUAAAUUUGUGCAUGAUCUUGUGAUCACAAUUCUGUGUUUUCGCCCAUUCAGCAAGCACGCUAUAUUGAUGUCAGCAUUAGCGAGUUUCAGAAACAUGCCUUUGACAGUUUUCAGCUCUCGUGAUGUUUCUUGAUAUUUCUUUUACCAUUUUAUGGAGAUGUAAACUGAAGUCACCGCAAAAUGGAAACCUAAAAAAGCGUAUAAUCCAUUUAUCUCGAAACAUAACACACAUGACUUAUACGACCUUUAUUUUCGUAAAGGUGUUUUGAAUACGAACGAACACAGUCAAUGUGAGGGAUAAAAACAGCAUUAAUAUAAAUAAACCAUAGGGUUUUAACUAAUAUAAGGGUCAAUUGUUGUGCAUUGAGAUGAAUCACUUGAAAAGAGAGACUUCGCUUGAAGAUGUGAUCAGAAGUAAACAAAGGCAUAAUAGGUCAGUCUUUUUAAUAGCCAAGGAGUCACUGUGAAUAGUGUUUCCAUAUUGUUUAGCUGGCACAAAAACUUCGGACGAGUUAUAAAGCGGCAUAGUUAUCUUACAUGAAGAAAAGUUCGUCUUGGGUGAGACAAACAGAACUGGAGCGAAUUUUAGCUCGCAUCGGUAUCGGGUAAAAAAUAUGUUAUCGAUCGUUUCAUCUAUUUACAUUGUUUGAAGUGCGUGCUGGUGAACGCAACAUGCGAGCAAGAAAUCUUUAAACUUUUUUAGGUCUCAAAAUGCAAAGGAUUUUAUUCCUUUAAGUUAGAGAAAAAUACCAUGAGGAAAAUCUUAAAACUGAAUAUUUUUCAUCUUGUGGAAAAAAUAGUGCGUUUUCGCGUAGACUGUGGACCGCAAAUUAGGAUCGCACUUUUCACAAACAUGCGAAUUCUGAAGUUCAGAAGCUAACCGACGAUUGCGUUUUUCGCUGCUGUCAAUCAUCUUAACGGACUUCUUAGGAAACAAAACUUUACUUCACGGGUUCAAAAGGUCAUGGCUUGCGAUUUGUGGAUUUCGAUCCGUUUUGACCGUUUUGUGUGUUUCUCUGUUUCAAGGUUCGUUGCUUGUGAUCGUAAUUAUGAUUGACGGCAGCGAUAAACACAAUUGUGAAGGUGGCUUUUGAAGUUGAGAGUUCGCAUGUUUGUGAAAAGCGCAGUAAAGUCUCCGUGCAGUCAGUGAGGCCCCUGGUUCAGGCGGGAUCAAUGGGCAGUUAACUGUCUGUUUUAGUAUACUUCUGGUUUUCAUACAAUACAAUAUUUCUGUCUAGUGUAAAUCAGCUCAGUCUGUCGCACUUUAUGCUCGUAGAACGACAACAAUUUUUGGAAUUUCCAGUUACGUCAAAUUAGUCACGUUAUACUGUCACGCUAUAUUUUGGGGCACAGAGGGAUUGGGGGAGGGGUACGUGGAAAUAAUGCAAAUUGUUUCCUGCUUAGAAUUAAUGGCUAACUUGUUUAUUUUUAUUCAUAACGGUGGAAUUUAAAAGUUAUUAUACAGCCCCCACUUAAAAAUGGUACUCUUUUUUUUGGUUACGAAAGUCUUUCAAAGGGUACAAUGUUCUGAAUGAGUUUAUGUCAGACUCACAUGAGGUUCUGUCGCAUGCAAUGGUUGCCGACAAGGUUUUAUGGUAGCCUGAGUGUGCAUAGCCGCCCCCUCCCUUCAGAAAAAAUAGCCCCUUUGCAGCCCAGCUAAAAAUCGCCUUUCGGCGAUUCUUGUUACCAAUACUUUACAGCCCAAAGGUUGAAUUGCGUAUUUACAAACGAUGCAAUUGAUAAAAUUUGUAUAUAAAACUAAUUACAGUAAAAAAAGUGUGAAAAAUGUGAUAAAAAGUUUAAAAAUCUACGUACAGGAUCUAAUAAUAAAACUAUUCCUAAAACGAUCGGUCUUGCAUUUAGGUACAAUGAAGCGCCUUUUGUACCUUAGAGCAUAACCAUGUUUUGAUACAAACCUCCUUUGUUUUCUUAUGGAAAUGAUACUUAAAAAGUACCUAGUUAGAAUUUAAAAAAAACAACACGAUUUACAUAUUAAGAAAGCAGAAAUGGUUGUAUAAAAGCAAGGUCCACUCCAGCCUCGUUUCCAUCCAUAAUUGUAAAAUGGUCUAUUGAACUCGACUGAGUUACACUGAAUCUCUAAUUGUUUGUGUUCUGUUUUUUGUCUCUUCAGGGUCUGCUGGUUAUCAAUAUUCGACAAAUACCUUCUUGUACUCACUGAAAAACUACAACGGGUACGGAUACUUCAAACAGGACAUAACCAACGGCUACUAUGGCUACGCCACUUACAGCUAUUAUAAUUAUGGUCCAACCUUUGGUGGGGGCCAUGAUAUGCAUAUUGCGGACGAUGCGGGAGGAAAUACCAAUUCUUACUUUAGUUGUCGCUCGUACCGCAGUCCCUAUUGUGACAAUUAUCUCUGGGUUGGAUCACGAUACGGGAAUAAUUUCCGCCCAGAUGAGUUGGAGGUUUAUUAUGAAGUGCCUGCUUGA